AUGUUCACAACCAAGGAGCUAAAACCAAAUCCAGUGCUAAAAGCGAAUUUCUUUUCCAAAUGGUUCUUUAUCUGGUCACGUGAGAUUCUCAGAAAAGGCUACGGCAGCAAAAACGUGAAACCAACGGAUUUAUACGAACAUGUGCCCAGCCUGGACAGCAGAAAUGUAUCGCACUCACUGCUGGAGUAUUGGGAGCGGGAGCUGAAGCGCUCCCAACCGAGUGUGUUGCACAUGAUCUUCAAGGCUUAUGGUGCGAGUUUUGUGCCCAUCUGCAUACUCUACUCCUUGCUGGAGAUCCUUUUGCACACGUUGCAACCGCUGCUGCUGGGCAGAUUGGUGUCCUUCUUUUCGGAAAGCAAUGAGGAUAUAUCCAAGGAAUCGGCAUAUCUGUACGCCAUGGGCGUGGUCUUGUGCUCGCUUGUCAACGCUCUAACUUAUCAUCCCUUCAUGUUCUAUAUGUUUAAGCUGGGCGCUCGUGUCCGCUUGGCGUGUGCUGGCCUCGUGUAUCGAAAGUGUUUGCGUGUAUCGAUCGCUGCCGAUAACAGCGGCAUAAGUGGUUAUGCCAUUGCCAUCAUGGCCACAGAUCUGCCGCAGUUCAACGAGACAUUCUACUUCUUUCACGAACUAUGGAAGGGUCCCUUCGAAGGCCUGAUCUUUGGUUACAUCAUUUACGAAGUGAUCGGUUGGCCAGCACUCGUCGGUAUUGGUGCCAUCAUUGUCUUUAUACCGCUCCAGGUGUGGGCUUCCAAGGCGGCUGCGCGUUUCAAGUACCUCUCGGCGGAAUAUGGCGAUGUGCGGGUCAAGCUGAUGAACGAGAUCAUUACGGCCAUGCAGGUGAUCAAGAUGUAUGCCUGGGAGACGUCCUUCGCCAAGCUGAUUGCACGUGUGCGCAAGAAAGAGAUGGGCGCCAUUCGUGGCACAAUGUAUCUGUAUGCGGCGCUGCAGUGCACCGAUAUGAUCUCGAAGCUCUCGCUGUUCCUGUGCCUCAUCAGCUAUGUGUACACUGGCGACAUUGUGACCGCCCAGAAGGUGUUCAUUGUGUCCAGCUACUACGAUCACCUCAAUCAAUCGCUGCUGCAUCUCUGGCCACUCGCCAUGAACUCGUGGGCCGAAACCUUUGUGGUGGCUCGUCGUGUUCUGCACUUUCUGCUGCAGCACGAGGAUCCCGCUGACGGUGGCGUUGCAAAUUUCAACGAUGUGGACGACGAUCUGCAGCAUGGCAACUACUUUGGACGCAUGCACAAUCCGCGCUCAAUGCGCAAGAGUGUGACGCUUUGCCGACUCACCGCUAGCUGGGAUCCCGCCAAACAGGAGAAGCUGCAGCGGCACAUCGAAGACGUUACCUUCGAGGUGGAGGAGCAGCAGUUCAUUGGCAUUGUGGGCACCGUGGGUGCCGGCAAAAGCACGCUGCUGGCCGCCUUGCUCGGCGAGCUGGACAUCAUCAGCGGCAGUGUUGAGUUGAAUGGCGUCAUCAGCUAUGCACCGCAAGAGCCUUGGCUGAAUCGUUGCAGUCUACGCGAGAAUAUUGUCUUCAUGGAACCGUUCGAUGAGCAGCGCUACAAGGAGGUGCUACGUGUGUGCAUGCUGGAAAAAGAUAUCGCUCUGCUGCCAUUGGGCGAUGCCACGCUAGUGGGCGAAACGGGUCUCAGUCUCAGUGGUGGACAGAAGGCACGCGUUAGCUUGGCACGCGCUGUUUACCGCAAGGCGGACAUCUAUUUGCUCGAUGAUCCGCUUUCGGCUGUGGACUCACAUGUGGGCAAUCAGCUGCUAGAACGUUGUCUCAAGGAGUUUCUGCGCGACAAGAUACGCAUUCUGGUGACGCAUCGUGUGGCUCUGCUGCAGCAUGCCGAUCACGUGGUGCUCAUGGAGGGCGGACGUGCCUCCAUUCAGGGUAGAUACGAAUCGCUUAAGCAGCUGAAACGCUUCCGCAUGUCGGUGGCCAAUGACAGCGAGGUGUCCAAGCUGCGUGCCAUGCGCACAGACAGCAUUCUCGAGGAGACGGAGCAACGCGAACCGCUUAGCCAACAGGAGAUGCAGUUGCAUCAGGACGAGUGCGCUGAGCUGUACAAGGAACAACAGGAGCAGGGAUCCGUUAAACUGGGCACAUAUAAGAAAUACUUUGCUGUGCUGGGUUUGCCGUCGGUGGUGCUCAUCAUUCUGGUGGUUUUCAUAAUAGCCCGCGGCUCCGAGGCUGCCAUGGAUAUUUUUCUCUCCAAAUGGGCUAACUGGGAGGAAGAGGAACCAGAUGAACACGGGACACCGAUUCAGCGUCAGAAGAUCAGAACACAAUUGGUCAUCGUGUAUUCGGUGCUGAUCAUCACCACAUUGUUGCUCUAUGUGCUGCGCACCUUUGGCUUCUUCAUGAUGUGUCUACGCAUCUCGUUGCACAUUCACAACUUUCUCUUCCAGGGUGUCAUACGAUCCAGCAUGCAGUUCUUUACCCUGGCCACCUCAGGGCGUAUACUUAAUCGAUUCUCCAGUGAUAUUCUGUCCAUUGACAUCACAUUGCCACAAUCGAUGAUGGACUCGUUCGAGUUCUUUGUCAAUGGCCUGGCUGUGCUCAUUGUGGUGAGCACUGCCAAUUAUUGGCUGCUCAUACCUGCGAUUCUCAUGAUCGGCUUGCUCUACUUUGCAAGAAGUCUUUACAUAGGCGCCAGUCGAAGCCUCAAGCGCAUCGAUAUCAUUUCUAGAAGUCCCAUUUACUCGUACACAAAUGCCACUUUUAGGGGUUUGCCUACGAUACGAGCGUUGAAUGCCACAAAGCGUCUGGAGCGCGACUUUCAUAAAUAUCAAAAUGAAAACACAUCCGCUGUCUACAUGUAUGUGACUGUGAAUCGUGCCUUUGCCUUCUGGACGGAUCUCAUCUGUGUGCUGUACAUUCUGCUGGUCACCUUCAGUUUUCUGAUUGUUGAUCGUGGCUACUUCAGCGGUGAUGUCGGUCUGGCCAUCACACAGUCCAUGUCGCUGGGCAUCAUCUGUCAGUGGGGUAUGCUGCAGACCGUCGAGCUGGAGAAUCAAAUGACCAGUGUGGAGCGUGUGCUGGAGUACGUGCAACUGCCACCAGAGCCAUCCUACGAGACGGAUGCAAGUGUCAAUUUGCCAGCAGAUUGGCCCAAUGCAGGGCAGCUGCACUUUCAGGAUCUGCGAUUGCGCUACAGUGAGCACACGUCGCACUAUGUGCUAAAUGGUCUCAAUUUCACCAUCAAACCGAAGGAGAAAAUCGGCAUUGUUGGACGCACUGGCGCUGGCAAAUCAUCGAUUGUGCAGGCGCUCUUUCGCCUUGCUCUGAAUGAAGGACUCAUCGAGGUGGAUGGCUACGAUAUCUCUAAGUUGGGCUUACACGAUCUGCGUAGCCGCAUCUCGAUUAUACCGCAGGAUCCGGUCCUGUUCUCGGGCACGUUGCGCUACAAUCUCGAUCCGUUUGAGAAUCAAUCGGAUGAAGAGCUAUGGCAGGCGUUGGACUCUGUGAAAAUGAAGUCAUUUGUGGCCGCACUCAAUGGCGGGCUCAGCUAUCGACUGCACGAUGCCGGUGGCAACUUUAGCAUGGGCCAGCGACAACUGAUAUGCCUGGCGCGUGCCAUUUUGCGGCACAGCAAAAUACUCAUCAUGGAUGAGGCGACAGCCAACGUAGAUCCCGACACUGAUCAACUGAUUCAGGAGGCCAUUCACACGCGAUUCGCUAACUGCACUGUGCUGACCAUAGCACAUCGAUUGCAUACGGUUAUGGACUCGGAUCGUGUGAUGGUCAUCGAUACGGGACGUGUCGUCGAGCUCGGACAUCCCUACGAGCUGCUGCAGCAGCGCAAUGGCCAUCUAUAUCGCUUCGUGAAGAACACUGGAGCGGGUAGCGCCAAGCAUCUCAAUUAUGUGGCCGAACAGAGUUAUUAUAAGCGUGUGACAAAGAGGAGAUUACCGGAUCAGGAUGGAUCGGAUCAGCGGGAGAACAUUUGCAGGGGCACCACUCUAUAAAAGACUGUAGUUUGAUUUUGUUUUUCGUUUUUUUGUUUUUUUUUAUGUAAGUUAUGGUAAUAUAGUUUUUAUUAUAGUGAACUGAUUUUUAAAUAUAAAUCUAUAUUUGUAUAUGUAUAUAUGCACUUUAUAUGUAUAAUAUACGAAGUUCUUGUAGCGUUUCCAACAGGUUUUUGUUUUCAUUUUCUCUUUACUUUGACUGCUUUCAUAGCCGUUCUUAAGUUUGAAAAAAAAGCAUUUCAUUUGUUAGUAAUUUUUUUUUUUGAUUUUUUCUUUUUUGUUGAAUGCAAUGUUUUUACCUAAUGGUUAACUUGCGAGCUAUAAGUAAUCCUGGCUACUGUUUUGGUUUAACUUUUGUUUUUGUCAUACUAUAACUACGCUCAACUUCUAGUUGUUCAUUUUGUUGUUGCUAGUUGUUGUAAGUACUUAGUUACAUGAGUCACAUGAGAAAUCUUUAGAUUAAUGCCUUCUAUCGAUGCUUACAGAAUUAAUUAUUUGUUCUUGUUGUUCUCUAAUUUUGCGAUAAUGUAUUUUGUAACUAUUUUCAUAUAUUCAUAGAUUUCAUUAGAUUAGAUUUUCGAAGUUUUUGUUUUACUUGGUAUAUGUAUAAAAUUGGUUUGGUAGAGUGUAAAUGAAUUUAUCGCAUAGAUUUCCACUAGACUUUCAUACAAGUGUAUAUAAUCAUCAUUAGUUUUGUAUGUAGUUUUGUUUUGUAUGUCGUGUAUAUAAAUAUUAAAGUAAAUAAAGCAUAUAUUGAUGUAUAUAAUUUGUUUAAAAUAUGUUUCUUAUGAUUUCUGCUUAUUUAAAAGUCGCUUAAUUAAAGUCUGCCUUCAACAUUUGUUUUUUUGUUUUAGUUUUUGUUUUUAUUUUGAUGUAAAUAGAAAAAUCAGUGUUUGGAGAAUGUUCAUAAAUCUUAAAUAUGUAUAUGUAUAAUAUAUAUAGAUCUAUUUAAUUUAAUUCUUAGCGUUUGUGCUUAAAUUACGUGUUGUCACAAAAACAAAGUUAAACUUUGAAAUC